AUGCUCGAGCCCCGGCAGUCGAGCGGCGAUAACUGCCCAAGCACAAUAAGUGGCGGCGCAAUCGCGGGUAUCGUGAUCGGCUCGAUCGCAGGCACCCUCCUCAUCCUCUGGCUUUGGCGCAUAUUCCGACUCCCCGGUGCGUGGAGCGGCGGUGAUACAUCUGACGUCAGCUACCGGGCUCCAGUUAUUCGCAGCAGUACGAGUACCCGUGGACGGAAAAAGCGCCGUCGGUCUGGAGCGUACGGCGACUACGUCGAAAAGCCAACUACUGUACGCAGUGUACGCCGGUAUAGGGAUCGCGAUGAUUUACGCCGACCGGCCAAGGUUUACAUGACAGAAGUGUGA